AUGAGUGCCCGUGCCAGAGCCUUGAACCUGAACCAGUGCCUCAAGCCUGAGCCUGAACCAGUGCCUGUGCCAGAGCCUGGAGCCUGGAACCAGUGCCCGGUGCCAGAGCCUGAGCCCAAAUUAAGCAGGAGCUCUGAGCCUGAAUCCAGUGCUCCUGUGCUAGAGCCUGAGCCUGAACCAGUGCUCAGCAGAGCUCUGAGCUUGAACGCAGUGCCUGUGCCAGAGCCUGGAACUCCUGAAAUCCAGUUCCUGUCUCUGAACCAGUGCCUGUGCUGUGAGCCUGAGCCUGAUCCAAAGUCUGUGCCAGAGCUCCUGAGCCUGAACCCAGUGCCCGUGCCAGAGCCUGAGCCUGAACCAGUGCCUGUGCCAAAGCAGAGCUCAAGGGCUGAACCAGUUCCCGCCCGCAGCCAGGAGCCUGAGCCCAACCGCGUGCUCGUGCCGGAGCUGAGCCUGAACCAUGCCCAAAAGCAGAGCUCUCCUGAGUCUGAACCAGUGCCUGUGCCAGAGCCUGGAGCUCUGAACCAGUGCUCAAAGCAGGAGUUUGAGCUCUGA